ACUAGUUUUAUCCAAGAAAGGGGAGGAAGAGCUUUAAAAUGACAAGUCUGCCCCAUGGGGUUGGACGGGUGAAUGGUGCGAUCAAGUGGGCAAAGUGGUGAGAACGGAGUUUGGUGAGGGCAUGUCACGGCACGGCGAUCAGAUAAGAAUGGCUGCCGCCUACCGAUUCAUUUUUCCUUGAUGCUGAUGGUGAGGACCAAUAAAGAAUCUGGUAUAAAUGCCUGAGAAGAAAUAUCGAGGAAAAAUUCGUAAAACUAUUUUGUCUAAAAGCGAAAUCGAGGGAUCUUUUCCUUCAAUCAUUUACCAUCUCAAAGAGCUCCGAUUCAUUUCUUAAAAUCAAGGGAAGUUUUCCAUUAAAAUUCUGGUCUGGUUUUGCGAAAUCAAGAUCGGAAAUUUUCUUGGGUUUUUAUUGUCUCCUGCGGGGCUGCUGUAAUUGGGUUGUGAGGGAAAUAGAGAAAGCUUGUAUGGAAAGAUGGAAUCGUCAAAAGAAACAGGUUGCCAAGCUCCCGAAGGUCCUGUUCUGUGUGUCAACAACUGCGGCUUCUUUGGGAGUGCGACCACGAUGAAUAUGUGCUCCAAGUGCCAUAAAGACAUGAUUUUGAAGCAACAACAGGCCAAACUUGCUCAAUCUUCCAUUGAGAACAUUGUAAAUGGUGCUUCAAGCAGUGGGGAGAAAGGGCCUGUUAUUGCCGACGCUGUGGCUGAGGAAGCCGUAUCCGUUGAGUUGAAGACGAAUUCUCCCCAGCCAUCUCCUGACACGAUGCACAUCCAGAAUUCAGAGACUAACGUCAAGCAAGGCCCGAAUAGGUGCAAUGCUUGUCGAAAGCGAGUGGGUUUGACUGGAUUCAACUGCAGGUGUGGGAACCUCUUCUGCUCCAUUCAUCGUUACUCAGACAAGCAUGACUGCCCAUUUGAUUACCGGACUGCUGCUCGGGAUGCUAUAGCCAAAGCCAAUCCUCUUGUCAAAGCUAAGAAGCUCGAUAAGAUUUAGACAUUGCGAAGCCCGUCUUGUCUCAUAGCAAGAAAGGCAAGAGAGUCGCCUAUUAUUGUGCUUUUGUGGUGUUCCUCGACUUUUCUCGAUUGGUUUGGUUUGCCAUCCAGUGUGUAAGUUGCUGUUUACAUGUUCAAAUUGCAUCUUGCAUCUUCUCUUCCCGUUCAUCCUCUCUUGUAGAGAAAAAAAAAAAAAAAAAAAAAUGGAAAUUUGCAUGCCGAUAAUUAUGAACUCUUACUUAGCAAAACUAUGUUUAUGUUUGCUGAAUGUCGUGAUUUCAUCUUAUUACAAAGCAGUAAAAGACUUCAUGACUACACUUGAAAUCUUUCACUGCGAGUAAUUAUUUACUCCAUAAGAUGCGGGCAAAACAUUCCGAUGCUACUUUAAGAAUCCAGUACUACUUACUGCAGUCAGUUUAGAUAUGCUCAACAAGUUUUUGACAUUCUCAACCUCUCUAUAUUAUAAUGUAUGAUGUGUGCGUUGAAAAGCGUUUACUGUGUUGGGAAGUCGUAAUUGCAUUGAUUCUCUUGCUUCAAGACAUCAUUUGACCACCAUCCAUCAUCGAGUGUCGGGAAUUUAUAUUGGUUUGAUGGAAAGACUUGACUUCAACCCCUCUCUAUGCAUAUAGGUAGACAGUAGUAGUGUCAAUUGUAUGUCAAGCACAAUGAAUGGAUGAUAUGUAAGUACUAGUUUCACAUUUUCACCAGUUUUUACAGCGUGGGUUGUGAAUUAGUACAAGCGAGAAAAGCAUCCCAAAAGCAGGACAAAUAUGGAGGUAAGAAUUUCUUGGGCAGUGGAAAACUUUUGUUGGAUUCUCAUCAUCCUGGAAAAGGCUGCAAUACGUCACUCACAGUACCCUGCAAAUGCAAAUAAAGUCCAUCGGAAAAGGGAGGAUAAUGCAAAUGCAAUUUUCCUUUGCCAUGGCCAUGCUAGUUUUCAAAUAAUUACCACCAAAAGAACUUUUCUUACACUGUGGAACCUAACUAUCAUAAGGGAAUGCCGAAAAGUAAACAGAAAAAUUCACUGCCUCUUAAUUAGUUAUAAUUCAGCAGUUGAUUCUUGAUGCAGCAUAUAUAGUAUAAUAAUAAUUACAACAUAUGUUUGGUAAUGGUACCUACCCUACAAAAAAUGAUGACACCACAGUAGUGUUCAUUAAUCAAUUACUCCUCCAAAUGCGGUUUAUUUGCAUGAAUUCAGAAAUAUAUUAAAAAUCCAAAUAUCAGAAAACACCAUUCCCAACAAUAGAGGAUAAAAAAACAUUUCUGCACAAGUUAGAUGGAUACAGACUUUUGAGGGUUUGUUUAAUAAUCAAUACAUGCAAUGUUUUUGUAUUCAAGUUGUCAUAAGAUCAGUGAGGAUGUUGCAUCAAAUCCAUUGUCAUUACUCGAAGAUGGUCACGGGCAAUGCAGUAAUGUUUCUCAGUCAGAAUUAUAGUAUUAUUUCAUCAUUAUCCUGAUGCUGCUUUGCUUGUCUGGUUAUGGAGAUUGAAACACACACACAUAUAUAAUAAUUACUAUAAUACACACAAGAAAUUGAUGAAAAAAAAAAAAAACAGGGUUUGAUGGUCAAUUCCUGGA